AUGACUAAGCCAACAGAGUCUUCAAGUUCUGUAAUAAUAAUGUGGAUUUUACUUGAGGGAAAACAAACAGCCAUGAAAGUAAGAAGUUCAUUAUCUCAUACUAAAGACUUGGAUGACCUUCGACCUAUUAUUAGGAAUGAGUUCAACGAACUUCAAAAUAUCAAUAAUAGUAACAUUGAGUUUUUUUCCAAGAAUAAUUCUCUUCAUAUUGGAAUGGUACUUACAGAGCUUAGCACAACUGAUGAAAACCCACUUGUUGUGCGCUAUACAUUAUCAAAUGCUGAUAGUAAUGGUUCCUGGGUUAUGCUGAAAGAAAUAGUCAAAGAAAAGUUUCAGAAUGUAAAAACAAGUGAUUUCUAUUUUGUUAGUAAAACUGAUUCAGAAGAAAAAAUUGAGAAUGAGUUCCAGUUCAAUAGACUGGUGGUUAGAACUGAUCAAAAUGAUCGAGGUGAACGUUUACUUGACUUGAAGGUACAAAUCAAGGGUAAAAAAGCAUAUGGAGAUUGGACCCUCAAGGAAGUUUCUAGGGAUAUAUACAAUAAUGAAUUUGAUUCUAUUGGCUCAAUGUCAACAUUCAAAGUAGAAGAAAUUCAUAAGCGUUUUGGUGACAAUCUUCGUGAGAAGUUGAAUGUUUUUCACAAUGAAAUUACCAUUAAUGAAGCAAUAGCACGGGAUGUAGAGGUUGAGCUUGAUGGAAGCCAUGGAUAUGGUAUUUUGGAUUAUGCUGUCUAUAUACAAGAAAUCCCUAUCUUAGUGACUGAAGCCAAACUAUGGGAAAAUGAUAAGGCUAUUGCCCAAAAUCUUGUACAAAUUCAUAGUGUGGCUGAAUCUUUAUUAGGCAAGCGUAAACAAUCCAAAAUAGGUUCUGAACAAGUAAUAUUUGGUAUUGUGACAACAGGGAGAUCUUGGCGUUUCAUCUGCUGGAGUGGUACACUGGAAUCCCCAAAAAUUGAAAUAACUGUAGAACAUUUUUGGACUUUUGAAGAUAAUAUGAAAGGAGCAAAAAAUGUAGUCACCCACAUUAUGCGGAUCCUACAAGCACAAGCUAAAUCAUUGGAAAACAACAAGAAUCAGGAGGAACAAAGUACAAAACAUUUAUGCACUGAUCAAGAUAAAUUAGCAUAA